AUGUCGCAGUAUAUCCCCAGCAUUCCCACUGAUUGCCUUGCCAAAAAGGUCGUUCUCAUCACAGGCGGUGCCAAUGGCAUUGGUUCCAGCCUGGUAACGCAAUGCUUGGAGCGUGGUGCCAAUGUAUGCAUUGGUGACCUCGACAACAUCUCAGGCGAGCGUCUACUGAAGAAAUGCUGUGACCAAUUCCACCCAGAGGAAGAAGACAUGCCCCCCCCGCGCAAUUUUCCAAACCACCGAUGUCACCAACUAUCCGUCUUUGCUGGCAUUACCUAUAAGCGCAUCGACCAUGUCGUCUCGGCGGCUAGUAUCGUGGAAAUAGGGAAUUGGUUUGAUACUUCACUCACGCUGGAGAGCGUCCGCCAGACCCCCACCCACAAAGUCAUGGAUGUCAAUCUCCUUGGGUCAAUGUAUGUUACCCGCAUCGCCUCUGUUUACUUGCGCCAUAACCGUGGAUCAAACUGCGACCGGUCAAUUCUCCUAUUCUCGUGUGCCUCUGGUUUCAAGGACAGUCCCUCUCUUUUCGUAUAUCAAGCCUCCAAGCACGGCGUCACUGGCCUCAUGCGUUCCCUACGCACCUACAUCUCCUCUCCGUACAAGCACUACCUUCGUAUCAAUACCGUCUGUCCUUGGGUGACCCAGACCGAUAGCAUCAAGAAAGUUGAGGCACAAUGGAAGCAGGCCGAACUUCCCAUCAACACUCCAGAGCAGGUUGCUACUGUGGCCACUGGAGUCUUGGCUGACCGGUCUCUUAAUGGCACAUCCAUGUUCAUUGAAGGUGGCCGUGCCUGGGAAAUUGAACAGAACAUCAAUCGACUAGAGUCUGAAUGGUUGGGCGAAGAGCCGUCCAAGGUGCUUGCUUUGGGUCAGGAGCUGCUCGAUGAUGGUUCGAUCUGGACCGCACCGGAGCGACGCCGGAAGAAGAGCACCAUUUCUGUUGGAGUGCCACCCGGAGUACCUCUUGAUAAAAUCAAUGGACUUGCUAAUGGUGUGACCAAUGGAAUGUCAAAUGGCUUGACCAACGGGGUAACCAAUGGACUGGCCAAUGGUGUGCACUAA